GGAGGAAGGCGAGAAAAAGAGGAAGAUCUUGACAAACUAAUAAAAGCCAUCAUAAUGUCUGGACGGUCCGUGCGAGCGGAGACGCGCAGCCGUGCAAAAGAUGACAUCAAAAAAGUAAUGGCGGCCAUUGAGAGGGUUCGGCGGUGGGAAAAAAAGUGGGUUACAGUCGGAGACACUUCAUUACGGAUAUUUAAAUGGGUUCCGGUAACAGAGACGAAACAGAUAUACAAGCCUAAGGGGGCAGGUCCUGCGGUGAGGGAACUGAAGGGCUUUCCUACAGAUGUGGUGCUGGAAAAUGCCCGUUCUGUUCUACUGGAUUUCCAGGAUGACAACAGUAAUCAGAGUUUCCUAUCAGAUGCCUAUCAGUCUAAUACCAAAGUGGACAGCAGUAGCAACUCCAGUCCACAGCAUGUGAGUGAAGCAGUGAGUCCUUCACAUCCUCCUUAUUACCGGACGGAGGACUCACAGCCACCCACACUGGGACAGGAGAGCAUGGAGGCUGAGAGAGAGGCUUCAACGACCAGCAGUGAGGUGACAGAUGAGCCUCCAACACUCAUUAAAGAAGACGUGCUGUCUCUCUCUACUCAGGAGGAAGAGGAGGCAAUCGGAGCUCCACCGCUUAAAAGAGUUUGCACUGAGCAUAACUCAACCGUCAGUUAACACAGAUAUGCUGAACAUUGCACAUCAAGACUACAGAAGACUUUUUUAAAGCAGAACUGCAAAUUUAAGAGACAUUUUACAACCAGCCAAAUGCCUGAUAUCCGCUUACAAUUUAUGAUCAUUAAACAAGCUUGAAAUGUUGUGUUUUGUACAAUUUAAAAGACUUUACUUCGGGUAUUUCUUAUGAAGGUAAAGCAGUUUGUAAUAAAUACAUCAUGAAAACUGUUAUUCUGAACUGAGAAUGAACUUGGUCAGGAUAAUACACGUGUCUGCAUGGAGUGAUGAUUGGUUUAACAGUAUUACAAAACAGUAGAGUUUUAGCUGAAUUUGUUUUGUGUUUGUGAUAGCUUUGACAUUAUACAAAUGACUUUUAUUGCUUUGUUUUACUUAGCUUUUCUGAAUAAUAGUUCAACGCAUGCAAUUUAGGGCAGUUCUAAAUGACAUCCGCGUCAACAAUUUCUUGAUUUUUAUUUUUAAUGUUUGUUGUAUUGCAUCCAAUUACUGAACAUUUUAUUAAAAACAAAAAAGGGAAUGCAUAGCUUUUAUACAUGUCAGAUUUGUAUUUUGAAUAUAAAGACUUCCAUUUUACAUUGUAAGUAUUUUUCAGAUGAAAAAAAAAAGUGUAUUAUUCAUGCAGUGUUGUCUGUAAAGUUGGACUUGUUCGCAGAAGAUAUGAAAAUAAAACAACUUUGGUUUAA